AUGCCACUUCGCGAGACGGACCCAGACUUCGAGAAUGAGAUUCUCGAAACGGCCAAGGCAGCGUUAGGCGCGAAGUUUGGGGUUUGCGAAUAUGAUCUCCCGCUGCCGCUCCUCCUCGUCGAUGAAUAUGCGGAGAAGCCACUACCAUGCCAUGAACCUGCUGGGGAAACCAUUGCCGUCAGCGCCCACAUGUCGACACGCAUCCAUGCCUUCUACAAGCAGAUUGCUGCCAUCUACAACCAGACUGAGGAUCCUCCGGCGAGCAUCGCCAUCAAGUUUGAAAUUCAGCCGCAAAACUUUGACCCAGAGGAGCCAGGUUGCCACCAUCGCAGAUAUCACUCGCGCCGCCUGCAGCUGCAGGACCCUGAGACACUACCAGAUCUGCCCUUUGUGAGCAGUCUGACCAUCAGGUCAAGAGCUUAUGGCUCGGGCGCUGAGAACGCAACAGAUAUACGCCCUCUGUCUCCCCUCGUGCCUCUACAAUGCCUUGUCCACCUACCGGCUGUCCAGGAAUGGAAUGCCCCCUGGUUGUGGGAGCGGCCUAUGCCGGCCUCUAUGCCGAGUAGGGCGAUGCGCGAGUACUACACCUGGCCGUGGGAAGGCCCCCUCCGAGACGCCCGCCACGAGUUUGGCGCUGCCAUCAUGGACCAGGAGAAGCACCUCGGCGGUAAAAGGAUCUCCGCCAGUCUUACCAGAGCCGCACUGCAUUUUUGGCCUUUCUUCUCGCGCCCCAAGCAUGACGAGUCGGUGGCACGGCCAAACCUGAUCCAUCCCGCGGAGAAAGACCCCGUCUCUAUUGGCCUGUGCAAGCUCGGUGCGCAAUUAAGCCUGUUUGACGUGCGUGCUAUGGUCACUCCAGACCUGUUCCCCAGUCCCGAGGCGUCAGAGGAUCAGCAGUGGACACAGAUGCGGCGAUUCCGGCUCGAGUUCCACUCCCUCCGCCCAGACGGGCGGUGGUACUUUGUUGGCCCCGGUGGCGAAGAUCCACACGACUCUGAAGAAGGAGGAUACAACAUCUCAGACACAAAACACUACCCCCGCGAAACUGACACGGAUGAGGACAUAAAACUUGACUCCGAGUAUGGCGAUAACCCGGAUGACGAGUACGAUUACGAUCUGGACAUGUUCCGCAUUGAGCCCUGCAGGGAGCGGAUCGAGCCCCUACUUGCUGCAUUCGCACAGUCUCUGACUCGCGAUAAUAUGCCAAGUCUUGAGGACGCAGAGAUUUUUACGCACCUAUGGUGGGACCCUUCAGACGACCGAGAUGUGGAGAAAUAUGACCUUCCAAUGAAACAAGGUCACAGAUGGGGCGUCAAAUUUAUUGCUGGACGUGGAAGUAAGAGGCAGAAAGUUGAUGAUGCUGCUGGUCAAGGAUUAACACCACCGGUGGUGCAGUGGCGGGUUGGCGACUGGCGACCCAGCGAGGAAGUCAUGAGUUUGUUCGAAAGCUUAGGACGACAGGAGUGGCUCGAGUUCGAGUGGGACAAGUAUAGAUCUACAGCGGGACACGACUUGCUGGGAAACAGUGAGUCUUCACCCAUAUAG